UCGUGGCUGUUGGACAUGAUGUCUCUCUCUACUGAGUAUUGCAAAGAAAAAACAGAAGGCAGGGAUGGUGUUGCCUUGGCCCAGCAGAGGAGGCUUAUCUGGGGCUUCCUCGUAUGGUCCACCCUGCUUACUAUUGGUGUGGCUGCUUCAAUAACUGUCCAGAUCAUUCAUGGAGCACCAGCUCAGGUACAGUCACAGAAGACCGGAAACAUCAGCGUCCACCAAAAUGUCACAAUUGCCAAAGCUCCUCCAAACAGUUUAGUGACAUUUGAACCAAAUUGUGAUGACAGAGAAAAGGUGGCGAAACUCAGUUGGGAAACAAAUUUACCGAGUUUCAUCGAGGGCAAGGAUCAGUUGGAGAUUAAAGAGGAUGGCCAAUAUUUCAUAUACCUGCAAGUUACACUCGAAUCUGGGGAGCCGCAACAGAAAUAUACAGUGACAGUAUAUGACUCAAAUGUAGUUAUUUUAAAAGGUCAUAUCAAUGAAUUAACUCUCUCAACAGGCCUCAUAGGUAAAGGGACAUCUCUGAAUAAAGGAAGCACUUUAAGUGUACACUGCACUCCUAAAGCCAAAAUCCAAAACUCUGCCACUGAAACAUACCUGGGUGUGAUCAAACUGUGAUCAGCAUGAAUCGAAGCCCUUUCGGAUAUAAGACUGUAACAUAUGAAAUGGACAGAUGACAGUAUGAAUGUGGACUCCCUUUCCAAUAUGCAGAGAAGCACAGGCCUGCUGGGUCUGAAGUACACUGGAGGGAGUAUAUGACAUAUUUUUUAACGAUAAGGCAUAUAUUUUAUUUAUUUCUUAAAGAGACAUUUACAAAGCUGUAUGCCUUUAUAGCACUGUAUUUAAGCUUUUCCCUACUCUGUGAACACAGUGUCCUGUGUCACUUUAUGUGCGUCCCGAAAGCUAAGGCAGCUGACUCGCUGCCCAUUCAGUCAAUGAUUUUGUGUAUUAAGGUUCCUCAUGAAGACAAUGGUUUCGGACAGCCUUCUAAGGCACCAUAAUGACAUGUCAAACGAUCUACAUCAAAUUCAAAGGAGCUUUAGAUAUAACCAAAGAAAUAUCUAGUAUCCACAAUAACUAAGACAAAAAACUAGACAUAUGUAAUCUGAUGUACCGCUUUCAAGCACUCCUUUAGACAACAUUUGUAUUAUGUCAACCAACCACAAUAACGCAAGCUCAAGACUGUGGGAUAUCAUAUAGGCAGCGAAGGAUACAUCUAUCCUGCCUUCAAAAACUGACCAGAUGCAGGCAUCUCAGUAAACAGGAUGUGAUGUAAAUAUUGGAUUCAAACAUGCUUUGAUGCCUUACUACCUCCAUAUACUGCUUGCAAAGACAGCAUUUUCCAGCUUUCGAUUGCCGCCCACAUGUGGAGCACGUUUGUUAGGUUUUAAAUCAAAUUUAGAGAUCUGUAGAUAUACUGCUGUAAAGGCAAAGAAAAUUAUAAUAAUUUUGUCAAACUUUAGAGGACCUGUGUUUACUCUUGGAUACCUGUCAACUUGGGAACUGACUUCAUACAUCCACUAAAAAUCACCCUGACACCAGCUGGUUAGAAAUAAUUCCAGAAGUUCAUAGAAAAGGUUGAAUAUAAUUUGUUUGUGCAGUAUUUUAUUAUCUAAUGCAAUGAAAUGCACACAUUGUUAAGUGUGGCUUAAGUGUCCACUGUAAAUAAAUGUUUGUCAUUUUAACAGAAAAUAAAUGUUGGAAGUAUUUAAUCUUUAAUUGGUUAACUGUGUUAUCUUACCAUGUACAGUGAAGAAACAAAAUUAUUUAUCAAGAUGUGUAAUUUUACUGUAAAAUAUAAUUAAAAAAAAUAAUUUUUGGAAGUAAAAAGGAUGAAUUAUCUCAUCAUUUAUGAAAAUAUGUGCUUUUAUUGUCAAAUAUUUUUAGAAUUAUGUACUUUUCAAGAGUAAAAAAUAUGAGUAAUUUUAUUAUUUUUGGUGAAAAACAGUAGAAAUUCCCAGAAAUGUUUUUUUUUUUAAUGAUUUAUGUUGUUUAAUGAGUAUGUACAUGGGAUUCAAUGUUCAGAUUCGAUCAUGUUUAUUCAUGUUUAUUGCAUUAUAUAUGUGUUUCUCUGAUGGUGUUUUGUCUUUGUGUGGGUAACACGGUCUAUACAUGUGUAUUAGCCAUGAUUAAUGGAUAAAACACAUUUUUAGAAAGUCCUCAUGGGGCCUUUGGUUUAAUCACUUGUAAUAUUAAGGUUGUUAUCAGUACUAAAAUACAGAUCGAGAAGUUGUUGGAAUAUAGGUCUGUUUUAACUGUAUAUCAGUUAAUGAUAUUGUGGACAAAUAAGGUUGUCAGAAAUUAUAAAAUUUGAAAUCUAGUUUAAAACUCAUGUAAUAUUUGUGUCCAUGUUGGUUUCACAUAUUUACCCAAAAAUAUCAUAUUUAUUUUUUUAUAAUUAAAAAAAAUGUCAAGUGAUGUAACAAACUAGUAAAAGGUAUUAAAAUAAUUUCCUUGCCUCUUGAAUGCAUUUACAAUGAUUAAUGCAUGUGCAUGUAUACCUGAUUUAUUACUAAUAAUUAAAAAAAAAUAAAAACAUGGUCUAUAAGUUUGCUUUAUGGUUUCUUGCUAUAAACUGGCUGACUGCAUAUUGCACUACUUAUGCCAACAUACAUUUUUCAACCAUUUAAUUAUACAUUAUAUAAAUAUACAUUAUAUAUAAUAUAUAAAUAUAUUCUUUCUGAAUGGUUACCCCACUUAGAUUUUUUUUUUUC